AGAACCAAAAGCGCGCACAUCGAGGGCCUCGCCGGCGAAAAGCCAUUACAGCGCAACUGACACACGCUACAUACUGGGCGCCCGGAGUUGACUCUGGCUCCCACGACGAGGGGCAUCGUGCAUCAUUUUGGUACAACUAUUGAUGCAAAUGCGCAACGAGCCCACCUAAUGCUGCCGGGCGGGCGCAGCGACACCAAUUCCUUGCACAGUCGCACUACUGGGCCAGCGGGAGAGUGCUCCCUCGACCUCCAGUGCAUAAGCUAGCAGCAGUAUCUUGAAGUUUGCGCAUUCGUGCGCCAGUGGCAGAGGAGUCGUGCCAUCCACGCGCGGCACGAUGACGACAGGGAUAGCGUGGUUCUGGAGGCCCGACGGAGCUUCUGUUGUCGCCGAGCAGGGGCGACCCCAGAGCUGUGGGGAGCGGCUGCGGCAGGUGCAUGGGCCUUACGCGCCCGCCUCAGCAGCCGAAGAGCACCGGUGGUGCACAGGGGCUGACGGCACGGAGGCAUGCAACAGGACCGCAAGCACACACGACACGGCCCGCUGCGCUGCGGCCUCUGGGCCUCUGUGCCCGGCUGCAGCCGGCCACCGCACCACGGCCGGAGCGCCGCCCUGCAGCUGCUCCCACCACCAGGUGGCUGGCUGUGACGCCGCCUGCUCCUCCUGCUCCUCCGCACCUCAACACACAGCUGCUGACACGUCCACAGCACCAGACGGCUCUCCCAGGUCAACAGCUGGACACACCACGAGCAGCGGCAGCAGCAACAGUGGGACAGGCGGUGACCAGGGGUGCCAGCGCCGGCACAGGCCCCAGUCGCCAAUCCGGCGUCGGCGAUGCCACCUUGCCUGCAGCCCGCUGGCGCCGCUGGCGACUUGGUGGCUGACGGCGCUGCUGGCGGCGCUGGCGGGUGGGCCGCUGCGGGGGCUGGGGCCGGCGCCCGCCGCGGCGCAGUACACGGCGGUUUUGGACUUGUACAGCCUGCCUGGCAGCUUCGACCUCAUGUCCGACUGCCCCACACUGCUGUACGACAUUAUGAUGCAGCUGCCAUACAGGCCCAGCCGCGCCACGUGUGACACACUGGGUGGCGGCGCGCAGAUCAGCGCCUCCAUGGCCUACGUGCAGGCGGAGGGGCUGCAGGACCUGAUGGCCCGCCUGGGCAGUGCCGCGCUGUGGCGCCUCGCCGCCGGACUGCUGGGGCCCGGCUGCGGCUGGGGCGCGGCUGUGGCCGCCGCCAGCACACCCGGCAGCUCCCCGGUGGUGGCGGGCGAGCUGCGGGUGUGCGCCUGGGGGGCGGGAGGCGCCUCGCAGCCCUUCCUGCCCAACUCGCCCCUGGGGGCCCUCCACGCCAAGACCUGCAGCCCGGACCUGGUGCUGGCAGAAGCCGCAUGCCCGCCACCGCCGCCGCCGCCGCUCAGCCCGCCGCCGUCCCCACCGCCUCCGAACCCACUAUCACCUCCCCCGCCCUCACCACCGCCGCCUCCGCCACCCUCGCCGCUGCCGCCCUCUCCACAACCUCCCAGCCCUGCGCCGCCGUCACCGACACCACCCUCGCCGGCACCGCCCUCUCCAACGCCGCCUUCGCCCCUGCCACCAUCUCCUCCGCCGCCUCCCCCGCCACCCUCCCCAGAACCCUCGCCGCCACCCCUGCCUCCCCAACCCCGCCCCCCCUCACCGCCGCCCCCGCCGCCUCCCUCGCCGCCCGCGCCUCCGCCCUCGCCCAAGCCCGACUGGCUGCGGCUGACGGUGCUGCUGCCCGCCUGGGCGCCGGCGCCCACCUCCGCCGGCUGCAACGCCCUGGUGCCGGCGGUGGCGGCCUUUGCGGCGGCGGCCACAGGCACCCCGGGGGUGGUGCCGGACAGCGGCCUGGGCUGUGUGGUGCAGCUGGCGGGCAGUGGCAGCAGUGGCAGCGCCUUCAACGCCUACGUGGUUCAGGGCCCCGCCUACUCCUUUCCCAUCGCGGCCGCUGUCGCCAACGCGCUCACGGUGUCGCCGUCGUUCAUCACCGCCGCCGCCGGCCUGCCCUGCGGCACCGCGCUCAGCCUCAGCGCACAGGCCGCCUCCGCCUCUGUGGCGUGUGGGGCCCUGGCGGACGACCGCGCCCACGCCGCGGCGCUGCCCGCCCCCGGCGUGCCCUACACCAGCAACUGGCUGCUGUGCUGCCAGGCGCCGCCGCUGCCGCCCAGCCCUCCAUCACCGCCGCCCAGCCCGCCCUCGCCACCCCCUUCCCCUGUCCCACCCCGGCCGCCCAGUCCGCAGCCGCCUCAGCCGCCCAGCCCCGAGCCGCCCAGCCCGGCCCCACCAUCCCCGCCUCACCCCUCGCCAACGCCACCCCGCAUGCCACCCGGCCGCCCGCCGCAGUGGCCCGCCGCCUCCAGCCCGCCGCCCCGGCCGCCACCGCGCUCGCCGCUGCCGGCCAUCACCGAAACCACCCAGGCGCCGCCGACACGUCGCCCGCCGCCGCCACGGCCCCAGCCGCCCUCACCCUCGCCGCCCGAGGAGCUGGCACCGCCGCCCUGGCACGAGGACGCCAGUCCGCCGCCGCCGCCGCCCUCGCCCUCGCCCUCGCCCCGCCCGCCCUCACCGCGGCCGCCGCCAAAGAAGAAGCCGGCUAAGGGCAAGGGGGGCAAGAAGCAGAAGGCGCCGCCGCCGCCGCCCGCGCCACCACCUGGGAAGAGGAGAGGCGCAGCCGGGCGGCGCUAGCCUGCGUGACCCUGUAUGGGCAGCCGCGUGGCUUGGAAUGUGUAGGUCUGUGCCUGUGUGGUGGUGUUAUACAUGACGCAGGAUGCAUUACGCGUGUUUAAUUGCGGCUGCUGCUGCUGCUGGCCGGGCGGCAGUGGCUCACGGCGGCUGCACACGUGCACCAGGAGCCCGAGGUAGGGAUUCACUGGGCAACCGUUAUGCCAUUCAGACGCAACGGUGGGAGCCUAAUGUGGUAUGGCUUAGAUACACAUAGUGAUGUGUUACCGGAUGUGUGGCCAGCGUCAUGAGCAGUAGUAGCCCACAUCCAAGUGCAUCAGUCAGACGCCAUGGCGGGGACUGCACGAUCGCCGCCCAGGCGCCGCAGAGGCGCCCGGAUGACUCAGACCAAAUGCUGCACGGGGCACAGGGGAUUUUGGGUUUGCGGAAGGUACCAGGGAAGGAGAUCAGGCUCUUGGACACACGCAUGUUAAGGGCCCAACAUACUCAAUUGCUUUCUCGGUUUCGCAUUGUUGUAAGUAUCGUCGAUAACAUGAUGAGAAGGCAGGAUCCCUUGCCAUGAGAGUUGUGAACUUGUGUAAGGACGGGACCAG